AUGUCUGAUCAACCUCCCCAUGACAUCAGCGAACACAUCAGCAAAGAUGCCGCCUCCUGGUCCACGGCUCCCCUGCUGAACUUCUUGCUGCACUACACCCGCGAGACAGAAGAGAAGGGCCGUUAUUCUGAUCGCAUCAGCGGGCUCAAGGCCAUCGAUGUGCUCAACAAGGGGUACACGGAAGAGGAUCCCUUGCCUGACGAGAGCGAGGAACUUCGGCAGUCCCUUCUGCAGCUUAUUCGCGACGGUCCGGGGAAGGAAAAGGUUCCCAAAGGCACAUCUGUUACGAUCGUCGGUGCUGGUGUGUCCGGUCUCUGUGCUGGCUAUGAGCUGAAGAAGGCUGGCUUUGAUGUCACGAUCCUUGAGGCAUCCUCUCGUGUGGGAGGACGCGUUGUCACGUUCCGCGACCCAAUUUUUGCCCCUGGACUGCACGCGGAGGGAGGUGCUAUGCGCAUCCCUGGCAAUCACUUCCUCCUGCGAACCUACAUUGACAACUUCAAGAUUGGUGAGCUGUUCAACUUCGAAAUGCAGAACAAGUUCAUCUACUUGUCUGAGUACAGGGGUGGGACCACGUUGACCUACGACGACUUCAACGCCAAACUAAAGAGUCAAGAGCCUGAGCUGCUCAAGCUCUUUCCAUCGCUGAAGAAGUGCGAGCGAGGCCAUACGAUCGACAAGCUCUGGGAAGUGGCGGUGGCACCUGUUGUUGAAGACUUUCGCAAGGCCUACAAAAACGCCGAAGGCGAUGAGCCUUUCAAGAUCAAGACGGCUUACCAGGCCAUCACCAACCUCUACGACAAGUACACUCUGCGAUCGUACUUGCAGGAAAGGGCCGGCUGGAGUCCCGACGCCAUCAAGCUAUACGAUCUAGGCAAUGCCCACGUAGUCUUCGAGAACGGCUUCAUCGAAUCAUUCAAAGACGCGUUCCUGUCCAGCAACUCCCAAGGCGCGCAAGUCGGCAUGCAGCAGCUCCAAGGCGGGAUGGAUCUCGUCCCCAAGGCGUUCAUCUCCCCUGAUCGCGGCGAGAACUCCCUCAUCGACAACAUCAUCUUCGGUGCCCGCGUCACUCACAUCACCGAUCUCAAGCCCUCCCCCAACCCCAAAAUCCCCACGGCGCCCCAGAUCAAAAUCACAUACGAAACAACCGGCUCAAAGAAGCUCACGGUGGAGUCAGACUACCUCAUCCUCGCCAUCCCCAACACCGCCCUCCGCGCCAUCACCAAAUCCCGCCCCUUCGCCACAGCCCAAGAGCAAGCCAUCCGCGACGUCCGCUACGUCGAGGUGACCAAAGUCUUACUUCAGUACAAGACCCGCUGGUGGGAACAAAUCUUCACCGACCACAACCUCGGCACCGACGGCGGGCUAGUCUCCGACCUCCCCAUCCGGUACACCGUCUUCCCCGUCUCAAAAGACAACGACCAGUUCAAGCACUCCCGCCGCGGCGCCAUCAUGGCAGCCUACACCUUUGAGCAGGACGCCACCAUCCUCGGGGCCAUGUCCCCCGAGAGACAAGUCCGCAUCGCUGCCGAAAACCUCCAUACCAUAUUUCCCGAGGCCAAGUCGCUCGAGCUGCUCGAGGCGGGGACGUCGCAAGUUUUCCCGUCCGACGAGCUCGCGGGGGGGAGUGCGUUUUGCUAUUUUGGACCGGGGCAGAAGAAGCAGUAUCUGGAGGCGAUGUGCGAGAGUGAUUGGAAGUGGCCGGAGAGUUCGAGGUUGGGGAAGCCGAGGGUGUUCUUUGCGGGUGAGCAGGCUAGUUACACGCACGGGUGGAUUCAGGGGGCGAUGGAGGCGGGGUUGAGGUGUGUGCAGCAGGCUUAUGCUAGUGCUACUGAUUUGGUGGUUACUGUUAGGGAUGGGAAGGAGGAGCAGGAGGGAGAGGAGGGAGAGGAGGGAGUUGUGACCGAAUGA